AUGUUCGAUUAUGGGUCAUGUGUUGCUGACACCUGGAAGACAGGCAUCAUGGGAGUCAGAGGAUUAAAGUCUUACAUAGAGGGAAAUAUUCUGUUUUUAAAAGACUGCAAUUUUAAAGGUAGCACCAUAAUUAUAGAUGGUUGCAAUCUUUUUAACAUUCUUUACGAUGGAUCAAAAUAUGACCUGAAGCAUGGCGGGGAUUAUUACGCUUUUGAGAUUUUGAUCAAGAACUUUUUUAAGGCUUUGAAGAACUGCAACAUAGAGCCCUAUGUUAUCCUUGAUGGAGGAAGUGACCACACUGACAAAAAACUGGAAACCCUCAAGCAGCGUGCCCAAGACCAUAUUCAAAUUGCCAAAGAUUUAUCUUUAGGGCGUAUACGUUACAGUAGCGAUCAUAAGCCAGUACUCUUGAAAAGUGUUUUUAAACAGAUCCUCAUUCAUCUGAAGAUAACUUUUGUUCACUGCAUGGGAGAGGCUGACUGGGAUAUCGCUGCUUUGGCAAAUCAAUUGGAUUGUCCAGUUCUGUCUGAUGAUAGUGACUUCUUUAUCUUUGACCUGAAAGCAGGAGUUUUACCCAUUACACAUUUCCAGUGGGAAAAAGGUCUCACCGAGAAAUUCAUCCCAGCCAAAAUUUUUUUAGUCUCAAAUUUCUGUAAGUGUUUUAAAAACAUGAACGAGCAGCUUCUCCCUCUCUUGGCUGCCUUAGCAGGGAAUGACUAUGUAAACAUACACAUUAGGAACAGAUCUUUCAGCUGGGAGAAAUUCUCCAGCUGUAGUGCUCCUUUCUCCAGAUCCCAAGCUCGUCUCGAUGGUAUCCUCCAUUGGUUGUCUGGCUUCCAAAAUACAAAAGAAGCUAUUGGAGCUGUGCUUGAUUUACUUGGAGAUCAGAAGUACAGAGAUCCAGUCCAGAAGGAUCUCACAGUGUGCCAGAAUGAAUAUCAACUGACAAAACAUCCACAUCAACUUGCCCAGUUCCUCUUGAAUAAUGUCGCCCUCAGCAGGUUGCCACUGGAACUGGAACUGGUUCUCCCUCGUUGGAUCCGCAUGCCCUUGUCUGAGGGGAAAAUGAGCUUCAUUGUCACUGAACCCCUGGAUUUGCAAAGAGCUCACUUAAGCCAUCAUGUUGAGAGUUUUGACCUCCCCAGCAGCAAUGCGAUCUCAAGGCCUAUUCGCCAGGUGCUUUAUGGCCUGCUGAAGCAGAGGGAUGAUAGGAAGCCCAGCGUGGCCCGUGUGGACCCAGGAGAGUGCUAUGUGGAAGAACAUGACAGGGAGGGCUUGAGUCUUAGCACUUUCUGGGUAAAGGCUGCCUGUCCUGCUAGUGGGAAGAAUCUACAUCUGGAAACACUGAACAAGAAACCACUAAAACUACGACGGCAAGUUCUCUAUGACACACUUGGUGUGACCAGUAUCAUUUCAACAUCCAUUGCAGCCAAAUUCCAACUACCUGUCUACGUCACAUGCUAUUGGCUGAGUAAAGCCGACCCACAGCCACAUAUAGAGCACCUGUGGUCUCUGCUGCUGGGAUUUGUGUUUGGGGAGCUGACUGGCCGAUACAUGGGCCAGGAAGGUAUAGCGCUGGUGUGGAAUAGACUGAACAGCCUGCGGCUUUCCCCUACGAUUGGAGGCCCUGACCUGGAGGCAGCUCACACCUACAGUCAAUGGCAGGGGUGCAUGAAAGACAGUUACAGGCUCAACCAACUGUUGUGCCUCCCUCUGCCUGAGCCAGAACUUUCACGGCUUUACUGUGGACCCUUGGUGCACCAAGCUGCUCUGAGGCUGAGGAAAGGCGUGACCCCGGAGUCAUGGCUCAGGGCGGGGCCCAUCGCCAUGCAGCUCUUCAGAGAUCUCAAGGAUGCUGUGCUGGACUCCCUGGAUACCGAUGUUCGGGCCAGAUUACAGAAAGCAUCACGACGAGAUCAUCCAACGGAGAGACCAGCCCGGUCUGUAGGGAAUGUGGAGGAACUGACCACACAAUUGUUUGAACAGGAGGAUGAGGAUGAAGACUAUGGCGUCAGGAGUGGCAAGGCAAAGACUGAGAAUGAGGAUGAUGAAAUCUACAGAGAUGCGUGCCGCAUCCGCACCAGACACAAGAAGAAGAGCAGGGCUCUGCGAACUCACAGUCCUGUUCAGCUGAAGAAACGAGAGAGAGUGAGCUGGGCCUGA